GCCAGCCCACCUCUUCGCUUCCUCUCCAUCCGACAUCUCCCAGUGCACAUCCCUCCCCAUCAAAUCCCCCAUCGCCGCCCAGCCCACAAUGUCGGACGGACCCUCCCUCCCGCCGCUCAACCCCGAGAAGACGGCGAGCGGCAUCGUAGUCGACCCGCAGACUCUGGAGCGCGUCAUCCCCGCGUCGCGGCGCAAGGACGGGACCGUUCGAAAGGAGCAGAAAAUCCGCGCAGGCUAUGUGCCCCAGGAGGACGUCGGCGCUUUCAAGCCCCGCAGACAGCGCGAGGCCGAGGCGGCACGCGGCGUCGUCCCCGGCAGUGGACGUGCCGACCUCGCUACCCUCGCCGCUGCGGCCGAGGCAGCAGAGGCCGAGCGAGCAGCCAAGCCGAAGCACGAGCACAAGAACUGGGACUCGGAGUCGGACGAUGACGACGAGGAGGCGGCCGUCGCCGCGUUCGGCAAGCUCAAGAUUGACAUCAAGGACGAGGCGGCGUUCCCUUCGCUAGGCGGCAAGCCGGCGGAGAAGCCAGCGGCCGCGCCUGAAGCAGCUGCAGAGCCAUCAACGUCGACGUCGCCGUCCAAGCCAACGUCGGUGUGGAACAAGAACCAAGCACCGCCAGAGCCCGUGCCGGCCCCUGCCCCCGUCCCAGCCGCGACGGCGUCGACACCCCGCCGCUCCGAGCGCCUGCUAGACCGCGUCCCCGACUCGUCCUCACCACGGUGGACGCGUGGCCGAGGUAUCGGCGGUCCUGGCGGACCAGGUUCGAGAGGGCCGUCGUCGCGCCAGUCGUCCAGCACGAGCGAGUACGCGUCGUACGCGCCGCGCGCGCCGGCCAACCCGCACCCGAUCCAAGGCGGACGCAAGGGGCCGAUCGGGCUCGCUUUCCCUCCGCCCAUUGACGCGGCGCCGUCGCCGCGUGGUGGCCGUGGUGGGCGGGGUGGAAGAGGCGGUGCCGGGAGCAACGGCUCGCCGCGGACGCCGAGAAGCGAGCCUGCUGCCCUCGACGCGACGCCAGCGCCGGCCGAGCCCACGUCCCCCGAGCCCCGGGUGCGCCGCGAGAUCCGGGUGCGUGAGGGCGGCCCUCUGGCUGGCAUUCGCAGCCUCCUCCUCCAGAACCAAGCGAGCGAUAAGAUCGUGGCGGCGGAGCGCGCGGCCAGGGAAGCGGACAAGCCCGCGCCGGCGAAGCCUGCGGCGGAGAAGCCCGCCGAGGUGGCCGACAAGGCGGGCGACAAGGCUGGCAGCAGCAAUGGCAAGGCUGGCGACAGUCCCGCCGGCAAGAGCGACAAGCCUAGAGGAGGCAAGGGCGACCGUCCUGAGCGGAGCAGGCCCGGCAGCAAGGCCGACAAGGCGGGUGACCAGCGCCCGGGCAGCAAGGCCGACAAGGGGGGCGACAAGCCCAGCGGAGGCGGUGGGAAGGGCGACAAGUCGGACCGACCCAAGGCCGACAGACCCAGACGAAGCGACACUGGCAACAAGGCCGACAAGCCAGGCAACAGGGCCGGUAACAAGGGUGACAGGCCAGACAAGCCUGCCGGCAAGGCUGCCGGGGAGCCCGACAAGCCCGCCAUCAGGCCUGCUGGCGAGCCACAAAAGCCUGCACCAGACGCGGCACCAGUGAAGGCACCAGCCCCCGCCCCCGCCGUGGUGCCAGCGCAGGAGGAGCAAAAGUGA